AUGUCUACAGUUAAAGUCGAACUCAAUUCCACAUUAUCAAACUCUACAACCACUCUAGUGGAAAUGACCAAUUCAUCAACUCAAAUCAAACCAGAUUCCAAAGAAGAUAUCUUUUUAAAUCAAUAUCUAGAAUCAUUGAAGAAAGACCCUAAGAUUGCCAUCUUACCACAUAGACAAUCCCAUGCUCAAAUCUCUGAAGCUUUACAAUCUCGUAUCAAGACAAUCAACGAUGAAACAUGUGAACCGGGUGAUGAAAACUCAUUCUUCGUUUGUGACUUAAAGGAAAUUAGAAACCUAUAUGACAAUUGGCAUAAUAAAUUACCAAGAAUUCAACCAUUCUACGCGGUUAAAUGUAACCCAAAUCCAUUAAUCUUAAGACAAUUAGCAUCAAUGGGCGUUAAUUUCGAUUGUGCAUCCAAAUUAGAAAUUGAAACUAUUUUGAAAAUGGGUGUCUCCCCGGAAAGAAUCAUUUAUGCCAACCCAUGUAAAGUUUCAUCGUUCAUUAGAUUCGCUAAGGAACAAAAUGUUAAAAAAUCUACUUUUGAUAACGUAGAGGAAUUAUACAAGAUUAAGAAAUUUCAUCCAAAUUCUGAUCUAUUUUUAAGAAUCACCACUGAUGAUUCCACUGCACAAUGUAGAUUAUCUACUAAAUACGGUUGUGAAUUACAAAACGUUGAUGAAUUGUUAUCCAAAGUCAAAGAAUUGAAUUUGAAUUUAGUCGGAGUUUCAUUCCAUGUAGGAUCAGGAGCUUCAGAUUUUAGUACUUUAUAUAAAGCAGUAAGAGACGCAAGAUUUGUCUUUGAUAAGGCAAUUAAGGAUCAUUCAUUACCAGCUUUAAAAAUAUUGGAUGUUGGUGGUGGGUUCCAAUUUGAAACUUUCAAUGAAUCAAGUGCUGUUUUAAAUAUGGCCAUUGAUGAAUUUUUCCCUGAAAACUGUGGUGUAGACAUUAUUGCUGAACCAGGUAGAUAUUUUGUGGCUACAGCGUUCACUUUAGCAGCUCAUGUUAUUGCUAAGAGAUCUGUUUCUCAAUUCGAUUCAAAUGAUGAUGAACAUAGAAUUAUGCUUUACAUUAAUGAUGGUGUUUAUGGGAAUAUGAAUUGUAUUUUGUUUGAUCAUCAAGAACCAACACCUAAAAUUUUAUACCAUGAUGGUAACUUCCAUUACGAUGACUUACAAACAUCUACUCCAUUGGCUAAUAAUAACGGAGUUUGUCCAUAUAAAGUUUCCAUGUGGGGUCCAACAUGUGAUGGGUUAGAUUGUAUUACAAAGGAAUAUUAUUUGAAAUACGAUUUAGUCGUAGGUGAUUGGUUAUACUUCCCUAACUUAGGUGCUUAUACUUCUUCCGCUGCUACACCAUUCAAUGGAUUUGAUCAAACUGCUGAUAUUAUUUACAUUAAUCAAAAUGAAUCACUUUGA